AUUUAUACUUUAGGUACAAGGUUAAGUUACCAAUAUAUUUCUGUAUAAACGAAUAUCCAACAAAGCUUAAUAUUCUGCGGUGAAAUGUCGAACAAUUCAUCAGUUAUGGUCACGAAUAUCUCAACCACGAUUCCCUACUCGCCUGUUUUCAUGCAAACUGUUGCCUGUAAAGCUGUGUCUGGUGUAUUUGCAUGGCUGGCUAUCCUGAUUACUUGUCACCAGAUCUACAAACACUUGCUUUUCUACAACGUACCAUCUGAGCAGCGAUGGAUUGUGAGGAUCUUGUUCAUCGUCCCGAUAUACAGCUUCGAUUCAUGGCUCAGUCUGAUGCUGUUCAAUACAAAUGAACUCUAUAUUUAUUUCGACACUAUUCGGAAUUGUUACGAAGCUUUUGUGGUUUACAACUUCCUCAGUUUAUGCUACGAAGGAUACUUGGGCGGUGAAAGUGCGAUAAUGGCCGAGAUCCGAGGCAAACCAAUCAAGACGAACUGGAUUUCUUGUACUUGCUGUUUGGCGGGGAAAACUUACUCCAUUGGAACGUUGAGGUUUUGUAAACAGGCCACUUUACAAUUCUGUUUGAUCAAACCCCCUCUUGCCAUUAUAACUCUCAUUUUACAAUCAUAUGGACUUUACAAGGAUGGAGAUUUCAAUGAGAAGAGUGGGUAUCUAUACAUCACCAUUAUAUACAACAUAUCUGUCAGCUUUGCCCUCUAUGCACUGGCAUUGUUCUACUUUGCAACACAGGAAAUGCUUAAACCAUUCGAUCCAGUGCUUAAGUUCAUUGUCGUCAAGUCCGUUAUUUUUCUCUCUUUCUGGCAAGGUUUGUUGUUGAGUGUCCUCGAGGCCACAGGAGCCAUCACCCCCGUUAGUGUUGGGGGGUCAGCUGAGGACAAACUUGGUAUCGGGACCGUGGCUGCAGGUAUUCAAAACUUCAUCAUCUGCAUUGAGAUGUUGUUCGCUGCUGUUGCUCUCAGAUAUGCUUUCCCGUACCAGAUAUAUCAAGAAAAACAACCAGAGAAAGGCAUGUCGUCAACUCAAUCCAUAUCGUCAAGAUUGAAAGACACCGUUAACCCAACAGAUAUCGUUCAAGACGCUGUUCAUAAUUUCUCUCCUUCGUACCAAAACUACACUCACUUAAAGUGAAGACAAUAUACAUUGGUGGUGGUGGUCAACCUGCAACUUUUAUCUUUGCACAAAUACUUCAUGUGUUCAUUUUAUUCUUGUUCCAUUUAUAUAACCCAAGUGAUAAAGUGAUACAUAGUUUAUAUAAUCAGUUCUACUUCGCACAGAACGUACUUUGACUUUACAGGGACCAGGGUAGUUUAAAACACCCCUUCAUGCUUUUAACCCCAACGUAUUUCAACUUUUUGCUAAUGACCCUUUCAUAGACACUCAACACCCAUGGCCCCCGCUCCAUCAAUAAAAUAACCCUUUUUUUAACAUAUUUACUCUGUUAUUUUAUUCACCGCUUUAUAACCAUUAUAUAAAAUAAACCAGGCCAUUAGCUCUGUGUCUUGUGGGCUGCUAUAAACACCUUGUACCCCUUAGCCACAAACUGGCCACACAUUGAUAAACCAUAUUAACCUAUCAUUACAACCGAAUAUGUAUAUUUGUACAUAACCCCCAUACCCCCAUAUACUACCGUUAGCUGUGUAUAUAUUUAUGUCUAGUUCGCUCGUUUAAGUUAAUGUGGUGCAAAUAUAGUUCGUUUUUUUUGCAAUAUCGUUUAUUUUGACGUAAUACAUGAAUGCAUGGGCGCCAAACUUUAUAUAUUCCAGGGGAGGCGGUAAUCCUUGUGCCCCAUGACCUGUAAAACAUUUUGUUUACUGAAUAAUAUAGAUAAUUUCAGGGAUGACCUGCCUACCCUGCCACCCCAGGUUUGGCGCCUAUGCAUGCAAACCACCAACUGUAGAAUCCCCACAAAGUAUAGUUCUAACCGCUGCAACAAUUAAAUCCAUGGUUCUAUUACGUCACAGAACGUUAUUGUUGUCCCGUGCAUCCCUAAUUGUCCUUUCAGCCUUUACUUUGAUUGCUUUCCAUUGUUGCAGCCUCAGCUAAAUUAAGAUAUUGAUCCUUGUUAAAAUGAAAUCACUGCAACAAAUAUUGGUCAAUAUGGCUGAGCUGCACCUUGCGUUAAUAAAGCCCUAUUUUAUG